CAGAGCUAGAAGAUGUCGCCAAGUGAUGGGUGAUCUGCCUCAAGAGAGAACCAGGCCAGCGGCUCCAUUUGAAUUCACGGCAGUUGACCUGUUUGGACCGUAUCUGGUCAAGGAUGAUGUGAAGAAGAGAGUCCGGAUGAAGGUUUGGGGCGUCGUAUUCUGCUGUAUGGCCAGUAGAGCAAUCCACACAGAGCUGGCCAACACCAUGUCGACUGAAAGCUUUCUGAUGGCUUAUCAGAGGUUCACAGCAAUUCGAGGACAUCCUAAGAAGAUUUGGUCCGACCCAGGGACCAAUUUUGUUGGUGCCAAACCUGUUCUGGAGGAGUUGUAUCAGUUUCUGGAUGGUUUGGAUAGGCCUGCUGUGGAGGAAACUUCAGCUCAAAAUGGAACCAGCUGGCAUUGGGAAAUCCAGCCGGCUGAUUCACCUCAUCGAAAUGGCUCUGCUGAAGCAGCUGUUCGAAUUGUGAAGAAGGCGUUCCAGAGUCUGGGGAGAGAAUCAGAGCUCAGUUACAGCGAACUUCAGACGACACUUCAGCUCGCUGCUAAUCUGUCGAAUGAGCGCCCCAUUGAUGCCAGGGUGCAGAGCUGUGAAGACACCGUGCAGUACAUCACACCCAAUGCACUCCUGUUGGGGCGGGCAUCAUCGAGUGGUGACUGGAAAACAUUUGUGUUUACGAGCUACCCCUAUAAGAGGCUUCAGGAAAUGCAGCACCAGGUCAACAAAUUCUGGAGGUCCUGGAGCCAACUUGCCGGCCCUAAUCUCUUCGUGAGGAGUAAAUGGCACACUACACAGAGGAAUGUUGCAGACGGAGAUAUUGUUUGGCUGUGCGACCAAAAUGCAUUGAGGGGUGAGACCUGCAACAUCAGCAUCCAGGCAUCUUGCCUCCAGCAUCUGGAGGGACGUUCAGUCCACAAUUCUUCAUCGGGACGUUCGACGAUUGGUGGUUCUGCUGCCAGUGGAGGAGCAGGCAGGAGGCCAAAAAGGGGAUCUCUGACCCCAAGGUCACUGUGCGAUCUUUCCAGCGGUUCUCGUGGGAAGAUCGAGUGGGAGGUGUUGAGUUGAG